UUCUCUCUCCUCCUCCUUCUGCUCUUUGCGUGUGUAAACACUUUAAUCCGAAUGGCCGUUUUAAGUGCGUCGCGUUUCAUCUUGCUCGUGUUGUCCGCUGGGUUGCGCGGUUUGGUUUAAGUACUAUUCGCGUUAGUUUUCGCGGUUUGCUUCGCGGGAAAUGUCGUGGCGGGUGCGCAACUCGCGGUUUCGCUCAACGGCCUAGCAGAAGGAAGCCCCACGGAAGCCGGCCACCAACAAAAAAAAACGAAUUCGGUGGUGAGUCAGUGAAGAAAUUCGUUACCUGCCGUCGUCGUUCCAGAGGAUUCAUUCCGGCGUGGUGUUGUCGGGAAGGAUACGAAGAAGAAGAGGGUCCUAACCUCGAUUCCUCCGUGUUGCCUGUUCGGCGGCGAGGGCUCUUUUUUUUCGCUGGUUUGUGUGUUUGCGAAUGCGGCUUAUUUGUGUUAGUGUUACAGAGCCCGGUUGCUUCUUCUUCCCCGCCGGCCGGAGUCGGUGAUUCAAAAAAGGCAAACGGCUCAAUGAGUUCGGUUGGAAUGUUAAAAUAUUCCCAAUAAAAAAAAUAAUCAUUAAUUUGAUAAGAAUGGCGUGAUGUACGAAACAAGUGAAUUGGAAGGGGGUUUAUAAAUAGUGUAUUUUGUGGGUGAAAAAAAAGGUAAAAGGAACCAGUGUCUAAUUUAUAUAAAAAAAGAAGAGUGAGAGUGCAGUAAGAAGAACCGCUCCAGAUUCCAGUCAACAAAAACAACAGUGACUUACUAGUAAUCAAUCACAUUAAGGAUUAGUCGCAGCUACAAAAUGGAUCACUCAGUCAACGAUAAAAGCAGAUGUGAAGCGAUGUCCAUUUCGCCUCCUCCCACGCCCGAAAAUGUGCGCAUCUGCCUGGUGGGCGCGGUUGCCCAUGACACGGUCACCCUGGCCGCGGCCCAGUCCUUCAAGCUGCCGGUGGUCACGUCGGAAACUGGCGGCGAAUUCGUGUCCGACACCAGCCACGUCACCUACUUCGUCCUGAGCGACUUCGACGGUCCCGUGUAUGAUACAAUUUACCGCUCGAAACACAGAAUUCUUGGUCCACCGGCCCUGCAGCAGGCUGCACGAUCCGGCGAUGGCCUUUUCCACAACAACCGACCAAUCUACAACAACUGCAUGCGCGGUGUCAUCACAUGCUUCACCGGAAUUAGGAAAAAGGACGAGCUGACUCAGCUCGUACACCUGAUCCACUCGAUGGGAGGGUCGAUACGGAAGGACAUGAUGACCAAGGUUACCCACUUGAUAUGCAACAGCACCGGUGGAGAAAAGUACCAGUACGCCAUGACCUUCCGCCUGGCCGUCGUCCGCCCCAGCUGGGUCGAGGACGCGUGGAGCAAACGCCACGAUCCGAACUUUACCGCCAACGUGGACGAGGUGCUGCGGCCGCACCGCCUCAAGGCGUUCGAGGGCCAGAAGGUGUGCUUCUUCGGCUUCCCGCCCGACGAGCACCAGCACAUGGUCGACGUGCUCAAGGAAAACGGUGGCAUUCCGGCGGACCUGGAGGAUCCCCAGUGUUCGCACGUGGUCAUGUCCAACACGGGCGAGCAUUUCGGGGACGCCCUGUUGCCCCCGGGCGCUGGCCCAGGUUCACCCAAAGAUAAGACUUCAUCAUCAUCAUCGUCGUCGGAACGAGAAGACGGAGAUAACAACGACGACGACGACGACGACGAAAACAAUGAGCCCAACAGGGCGGAAUUCAAGGUCGAAAAGAAGGAUGCCUUCCUGAAGCGGUUGAACGAGUGUCAAGCGGCAGCGGAGGGGGGUGAGAUGGACGAGAGUGUCCUGUUGAAUCCACUACCGGCGCUGCCGGAAGAGAGCGAAACAAGCGACUCGGACCACAUGACCGCGGCCGAGAACGAAAACAAUCAGAACAAGCACUCGGAGCAGAGCAGCGUUUCGCCGAUUCGGUACAUUGAUGAGCCGCCCCGGCAAUCAAGCUCGACACCGGAAGUGUUGGCUGUUCCGGUGGAGAAGGACGGCGUGGUGCUGGUCUCGGGCGAGGAAAACGAAUUCCUCAAUCCGAACAACAUUUCGCCAAUUUUGAAGACGAACAACAGAUUCGCGGAUGAAUCGCUGAGGAGAAUCGCCGAAGAAGACGACGACGACGAUGACGAUGUAGACGAUUACAUCAUUGCCAACAAGGAAGCGUUGAAGCGCAAGCGGCAGGAGGACAGUUUUGACAACAUUUCCAUGAUUUCGACGGACUCACUUGCCAGCAGUGUGGCGUACGGUUCCGCCAAGAAACCUAAACUGAUUCGAACCGGAUCGAUUACGCGAGGCCUUCGCCGCAGCAUGAGCUUUGCCGCGAUCAAAACGCCAAUCGCUUCGAUGCUUCGAUCCCGCCGCAACUCGGUCGACCCGAACUCCUCCAUCAGCUCCAUCACCUCGAUCGAAACCACCUUCAACGAAUCGAUCAAAAAGCCCGUCAAAGAGAAGCUGCUCAGCAUCCGCGACAAAAUCACCAAAAGCAGCAAGAAGGAAACCCCAAAAUCAAUCAAGAACAAAGGUCUCAUCACGUCCGCCAACCUGGACAGCCUGAAAAAGGUCUGCAAGUUCAAGACGGUCAACACGCCGGAACACUCCAAGACGGAGGUCGAUUUCAAAACGCCAAUCGCGCCCGCCCCCAGCCACUCGUCCUCUGCCAAGUCCAAGAUGAAGGCCAUCUUCAACCGGCACUCGAUUGUCCCGACCGCUGCCGCACCGCCAGCUUUCACCAUUGAACCCAAGGAGGACAUCGUCGCCGCAGCUACGGAACUAAACGCGUCCCUCGCGAACGAUGAUUGCGCCGUGCCGGCCACGGCAACCGGUUCCGACGAGGACCUCCCCGCGACCGCGACGACGACGACUGCGACGGUGGUUGACGAGCACGUGGUUACGUCCAAGCCAGAACCUAAAAAUACUAAAACUCACAUCGUGAAAGCGGACUGGUUCUGGUACACGAUCCAGAAUGGUUACGCCGACGAAGGGCGUUAUCUGUUUGGAGAUUACCUCGACAGCAUAGCCAACACCCCGGGCGCGGAUCGCCGGGACUCGCUUCCGAUCAGCUUCAACAAGCGCAAGCGGAAACGUCUCUCGCACCGGACGCCGGCCGGUGGCGAAGGAACUCCGCUGGGCGCCGGCAAGCGACGCUCGUCCGUAUCGGACGCGGGCCUGCUGUCGGUGUCGGGAAGCUUCCUCGAUUGCACCACCAGCCCGGACCAGAACAAGCAUGAGGGCAGCAAAAAGAACGCCAUCAUCGCGGAGACGGCGGACGCCUCGAUCGACCAGACGAUCAAGAGCCAAUCGAUGCGGCACAACCACUUUAUGGACUUUUACCACACGGAGUCGAACUACGUCGGGAUUCUGGACACGAUUGUCAAUCUCUUCAAAGACCCCCUGGAGGAGAUGAUCGAGAAAGACACGGAGAACGCGCUGCUCAACAAGUCCGAGCUCAAGUCGAUCUUCAGCAAUUUCCUGCCGAUUCACGACGUCCACAAGCGCAUGCUGAACCGACUGAAGGAGAUCCACGCGAACUGGGCCGAGGAGCACCUGAUCGGCCAGAUCAUCAUCGACAACCGGGACGAGCUGAUCAAGGCGUACCCGCCGUACGUGAACUUUUUCGAAAAGAUGAAGGAAACGCUGCUGCAGUGCGACGCGGCCAAUCCGCGCUUCCACGCCUUCCUCAAGAUCAACCAGGCUAAGCCCGAGUGCGGCCGACAGACGCUGCAGGAUUUGAUGAUUCGGCCGGUCCAGCGGCUACCGAGCAUCAGCUUGCUGUUGAACGACAUCCUUAAACACACCGGCAAGGGCAACCCGGACCACCGGAAGCUGGACGAGGCGCUGAAGGCGAUCAAGGAGGUGAUGACACACAUCAACGAGGACAAGCGCAAGACGGAGGGCCAGCUGGCCAUGUUUGACAUCUUCAACGACAUCGACAACUGCCCGCCCCACCUGGUGUCCUCCCACCGGCACUUUGUCUCGCGCUGCGAGGUGACCGAGCUGACCGACAGCCUGAGCGGCCGGGGCGACUCGCUGAUGCUGUUUCUGUUUAGCGACACGCUGGAAGUGUGCAAGAAACGGUCGCGAGCGUUCAACAACGCCAAAUCGCCGAGCACGAACGGGCUCAACACGACGCGCUGCCAAACCUCGAAGCCGUACAAACACAUCAAGCUGAUGCCGCUGAGCUCGUUGCGGCUCGUCGUCAACAUCCAGGACAGUCCGCGGGCGUUCGCGCUGAAUUGUAGAGCGACGGUGGACAACAAGGACCGGCUGCACUCGUUCAGCAUCUGCGACGAGGAGAUGGACAAGAUCGUCUACCUGCGGAGUUUGUGCAAACAGCUGGCGGAGAACGCGUGCAAGGCGGACGCGGAAAAGUUUAUGGUCAACUGCGAGUCGGAGGAGUUGGGGAUCGACGUGACGGAUAUUAACGUGGGGACGCUGUCGAAGGCGUUCAAGUUUGCCACGAGGACGAGGAUGCGGGUUGGCCGCGCCUUCUCGUUCAACAAAACGCCGUCCAAGCUGAAGCGAGCCGUUACGACCAUGAUGACGUCCCCGUUCGGAAGCACUCAGUCGCUGACGCCAGCCUCGCAGCUAGCCCAGAUGAAGCUGGCCAGCUGUACGAACCUAAACGAAGUCGGCGAGGAGUCGUCCGAAAGUGGUGACUCGAAGGCGUCCACGUCCCCGUCGGCGGCGUCGGAAAUCCUGGUGGCCCCAAUGUCCGUCCAACCGACCCGCAAGAACAAACAUCCGCCGAUGUCGAUGGCGGCCCUGCGACGGCUCUAGGAACAAGAAGGGGUGGUGGCCUCCUCUCCUCAUUACCGUGUGGAGCGAGCGAGCGAGGUAGGAGAAAAAUAUUGUGCCCACAUCACACUCAAACCAGCAGCAGAAUCUUGGAAAUGUCCUCGAGGAAGAUGCUAGUUGGCAGAAGCCUUUUGUUUUACCACUUUUUUUUUUGUUUUUCUCUACUCUUUUGUGUGGGAAAUAACGAUUUUUGUUUUCGGUCGGAAACGAGAACACGUUGUCGAGAGAGGAAGGGUGAAGAAGCUGUGCUUUCGUAAUGAUCAUCAGCUCAAGAAGAAGGGUUGUAGGCAGGUGGAAAAUUGUUGUAAAUAUUUUACUAUACCGAUUGAAGCUUUUCGGAAAUUGAGAGCACCAGCAGCAGGGACGUUUCCGCUUUUUAAGUCGUAAGAAUUUAUUUUGAUUAGCAUUAUUUUCUGUGUAUGUGAACGUUUAUUUGUGUCAGCUGAUAAAUAUUUGUAAAAUCGAACAUAG